AUGUCUCUACAUAAAGAAAUUUGUAACUACAUUGUAAAAUUCAGCUCCAAGCCUAUACAAAAGUUAGGUUAUGAACCACCUAAAAAAAAGAGAAGUAUAUUAAGAGAAUUAUAUCAUAAAUUAAUAUUUCCAUAUUAUUUUAAAUUUAUAAGAGCACCAUAUGAGAGAUGGCAAUUUUGUGCCACAACUAAAUUUUUAAGAGAGCAUGGAUUAAUGUAUGAUGAUAUGUACAGUGAUAAAGAUCCAGUUAUAGAAAGAGCUAUAUCGUUAUUACCAAAAGAUAUACAAACAAGGAGAUAUAGAAGAAUGUUAAGAGGAACACACAUAAAUUAUUUAAGACUUUUUUUACAUCCAUCAGAACAAAAUUAUGAUCCAUAUAUACCAUAUCUCGCGCCAUAUAUAGAAGAGGCUAAAUUUCAAUUACAAGAAGAAGAAGAAUUAUUAGGAUAUCACCCAUAUGAUAGAAGACUGUAUUCAGGUGGUACCACAGGAUUUGGUGAUUUAGAACCUGGGUUACAUUUUUUAGUUUCUAUUCCUAACUUGUAUGGAGCAGCUAUACCUCAUACCAAAAAAAAAUAA